UAGAGUGACAGUUGGACAGUUCGCUCAUUUAACAUCCCGUUUCGAAAUAUUUCUUCUCGGUUGAAGUCGGCACCCUUGCUGUUCUCGUUUUAUUUCAUCGGAAUGCGUGCAAAAUACGAGGCGAAAGGGACGCAGCUGCGACGUUUCCUUUACAAAGCCUGCCAUUCAGAGAGAUUCUCGAGUAGAUUAAGACGAGAGAACUUUGGAAAAAAGACUUUGUAUGCACAGACAUCGAUACGACGUUAAGAGUCAUUCUGAAAUUCUUUUCAACCUAAACAAUCACUCAACUCGUAUCAUUAAUUUGAAAAAGAACUUCGAUUCAUAUUUUACAAACUAUGAUGAUAGUAGUAAGCAUAUUUUAUUUAACUUUCAUAAAAGUUAUGAAAAACGAUACAUCACAAUAAUGUUAUAAAGAUACAUUUUUAUCAAAUAGAAGAGACGAACAUACAUUAUCUACGAAUAAUAAGAAAAAGGAAGAUCUCUUCAUUCAAAAGUCUACGAUUACACAUAAUAAAGCGAAAGAAUUCUUUGAUCUUUUUUUCACAACAACGAAAUUGUAGUUGAGAUAUUUGGCAAAGAUGUAUAUCGUGGCAUUGCCUGAUGUAUGUAUAGUGUUAACCAUUGCAGAUAUCUCGUUAGCGUAAAGGAAGGUUUCGUCUACCAGGUCAGAACAUAAUAUAUGAAUAUGACUGACGUUCGUGUCCGUAGAAGAUCUACUUAUAGACUCUUCACCUACGGACACGACGCAUAUUAAUCGAGUUUCAGAUUUUCCAAACGUCCAACGGGACGCGUCGCUCCUUUGCACCACGUCCAAUUUAUUCACGGAGUUUCAGUGCUAACUCGAAACAAGAAAUAGUAAUUAUUCGUGGAAAUCUUGAAGAAGAUAUACUCUCUGUACGGAGUAUCACAACGAUUUAAGAUGAAGACCGAAAGCGGUAAUUCGACUCAAGUGAAUACCGGAAUCGAGCAACGCUUGAGGAGUCCAAAGUGCGCUAGAUGUAGGAACCACGGUGUAAUUUCCGGACUGAAGGGUCACAAAAGAUCGUGUGCGUGGAAGGACUGUCGUUGUCCUUGCUGUUUGCUGGUGGUCGAGAGGCAACGGGUGAUGGCCGCUCAAGUUGCACUCAGAAGACAACAACAGGCUCAAGGAAAUUUCUUCGGUGAAAACGUUUCGAGCGUUUGUCACACCCCGAUUGAUACGUCUGCUUCGCCGUAUCUACUGAAAACAGAUCAAACACCAGUCUGUCGAAGAGGGAAGAAUAUUCAACGUCAUCAGUUACAUUUUACGCAAACCAGCAUUAGCGUAACCCAAGGAUUCUAUGGAUUGAAAACGAUUCAUGGUUUACCUGCAGCAUUUACCGCAGACGCUCCAUUAUUGAAUGGUUUGUCACAAAAUCAGGAAUACAAACAAGAAUCCGAAGGUUCGAAAAAAAUACAACCCUUCCCAAGUAUGUAUUCCACGAUCCCGUGGUUCGAACAGGUCGCGGAACCUCGUAAGAUGAAGAAAAGUUUUAACAAUUUUACUUCCUCUGUGAACGAUCAAAAGAAUAUUUCUGCUGCUAAAAGUGCACCUUGUUUGGAGAAGAAAUCGACGAUCUCUUUUAGCGUAGAAUCUAUCAUUGGAACAAAGUGAUGAAUGAUUGUUCUAUAUGAAAUUGCAUUUCAUUAUUGUAAAUAGGAAUUUUUAUGAAUUGAUAAAUCUUAUUGGCAUAUACUUAUGGGCAGUAAUUAUGAUAUAAGUGAACAAUUUUCAAAAAUUUAAAUUAUUUUCUUACGAAAUGCAAUCUAUAUGUGCUUGUAAAUCUUUCUUUUUUAAGUAUUACUUUAAGAAUUAUACAUAUCUUUCCAAUUAACAAAUUUCUAAUUUGUUACAUAUACAUACAUAAGAUACAUCAUUGUAUAUUAAUAUUACAAUAAA